UCGCUCUAUGACCAUUCAACAUCUCUCCACAUACCGUAAGAGUUGUGUGUGUUAAGUACAGAGUUAAGUACAGAGCCGGUUCCUGUUUGAGUGUGUGCACGUGCGUGUGUUGGUGAUGUCGAACGGGGAGCGCGUGGUUCUAGCCCUCGGUGGAGCGGGCACUGUGGGCUCCGGGCUCGUGAAGGCACUUUUGGACAGAGGUUUUAAGGUUGCUGUGAUCUCCAGAGACAAGAGUAAACUAGAGAAGCUCAGAGGCUUUGUUUCGCCCUCCACCAAAGGCAACCUGACGACUCUGGUAGGGAACGUUGGUUCAGAAGAGGAAGCUGAAGAAGUGAAGCAAUCCCUCUUGAAGUCUGUGGGAAAGAUUACAGAUAUAGUGUCAUCUCUGGGCUUCAGCUGGUGGCAGCGAGGACCACCACACACCCAGCCACUCAAAGAACUCCACUGGGUUAUUGAGACACUUCUGUUCAGCACAUUUGUGUCUUGGAAAACAUUCUUCCCCUUAGUGAGAGACGAUCCCAGCUGCACUUACACAUUUAUUACAGGGGGUGCUGGGGAAAAGCUGCUGAUGCCAGGCACAGGCUUCUUGACGGUGGGCUCAGCCAGCACUCUGGCAUUUUGUCAGAUUCUGCUAGAAGAGUACCCAGAGGUUCCUUGCAAGCUUAAUCAGGUGAAGAUUAACACAGGUGUUGGUACUCCAGAGCGCAUGGGGCCUGGGUACCUAAAUCAUGUGGAGUUAGGUGAGGCUGUGGCUACACUGUUGGAAAGGAAGGAUAAAUCUCACACUGUCUACACCAUAAACUGCCCUGCUGACCUAAAAACUGUCAUCCUGUAAUGAUGAGGCUGAUCAGUAGCAUCCCUGAGCAAUGCCAUUAGCACCCUUCAGACUAUCAGAACUACAGCACAUGAGUUAAACUUCCUUAUUGCAUCCAGUUUAUUAUUGUUAUUUACUUUGCAUGCCAACGAAUACACAAAGCUUAAAAACUGUCAACCCUUUUCCACUGUAUUUAGGUCAGACUAAUCCAAUACACAGGAGAACUGCACAGCAUCUGUAGGGUGUAGCCGUGCACGAAUACACUAGGUUUGAAAAUAGCAGUGUGACUCAAGAAGCACUGAAAAAGGCUACAUGGUAAUGUGAGAACAAAAAAAAAAAAAGAGAAGAAAUAUUUUGGACUGCACUCCAGCUUUAUAGUUUAAUCCAGGCUUCAGGUUGAUGGGAGAGUGUUAGGAUUGGAGGAGGGAUCUGAUCUCCCUUGCGUGACUCCCUGCCCUGCUUACAAAUAUCCUUCAGUCUACAUCUGUUCUGCUUAUGUGGUUCCAGUUUUCCUGUGCCACACUGCCUGAAAAUAAACAGAGACGUGAAAGUAGAAUGUCCAAGUUUCCAAAUAAGAUUUUUUUUUUUUUUACAUUUUUGUGUUUACUGUCAUAAUGUAAUUUACAUAUAUGCUUGAAUCUGUAUUUGUCAUCCCAAUAAAAAAAUAAAAUAAAAUUAAAUCACCA